AUGAUUUGUCAGGUGUUUAUGGAUACUGUAUUUUUGCAAGAGAGCAGUUUGAUCAGUUCAAGGCCAAAUGUCUGUCCAGUGUUUGAGUUGGCACUGGUAGGACACCAACAGCCAUGUGUUCAAGCCUUUAGUCGUACGGUCAAGAUGUGGAAACAAGGUUGCACAGGGAGGAGGUGGUGUAUGGGCUAUGAGAGAAGGUCUGGGUACUACACAGUUUACAAGCAGGUGUACAGAAUGGAGCGUCAGACUGUCUAUAAGUGCUGCCCUGGAUGGGUCCAACAUGACAAUGAACCUGGCUGUUUGCACUUGCUGUGCACUGUUGGCACUUGCUUCAAUGGAGGGAAAUGUGCUGAAGCAGGAUCCCAGACAUGCCACUGUCCUGCAGGAUUUCAGGGUCCUCGCUGCCAGUAUGACGUAAAUGAGUGCACCACUGAGAACGGUGGAUGUCAUGACCAGUGCUGUAAUACCAUUGGCAGCUACCACUGCAAAUGUCCAGCUGGCCAGAAACUGGAGGAAGAUGGAAAGUCAUGUGGAGACGUGGACGAGUGUGCGGUGGUGAAUGGUGGCUGCCAGCAAGGCUGUGUCAACACACAUGGCUCCUUCCACUGCCAGUGCCAGGCGGGAUACAGGCUCCAUGCUGAUGGGCGCACUUGCAUAGGUAACAGGGUUUCUUGGGUUGUUGACACACGUUUCUUCAAUGUUUCCUUGGCUCCAGCCAUCAAUUACUGCAGUGUUAACAAGGGGGGCUGUGAGCAGGAGUGCGUUCAGCUCAGUGAAGACCGAUACAAGUGCCAGUGCCAGCCGGGCUACCAGCUGAAGAGGGAUGCCAAAUCCUGUGAAGUGAUAGACCCUUGCACAAAUGGGAGUGGAGGAUGCUCACAAAUCUGUCAAAAUGAGAGAGGAAUUGCAAAAUGCAAGUGUCAUCCAGGGCAUUAUCUUUCUGCAGACAAAAAGACCUGUUUGGACAUUGAUGAGUGUGCAGAAGGGAGAGCCAGGUGUGCUCAUCGUUGUGUGAACACUCUGGGAUCCUUCACCUGUGUCUGUAACCCUGGCUUCGAGCUGGGGGCUGAUGGAAAGCAGUGCUACCGCAUCGAAAUGGAAAUUAUCAAUAGCUGCCAGGACAACAAUGGUGGUUGCUCUCAUCACUGUGAGCACACGACUGCGGGGCCGCGCUGCUCCUGUGACGACGGCUAUCGCCUCGAUUUUGACGGCAAAACAUGCGCAGAGCUGGACGAGUGUGAGACUGGAGAGUCCUGCUGCUCCCAAUUCUGCAUCAACCGUGUGGGCGGCUACGAGUGUGCCUGCAAAGCCGGGUUCCAGCCGAACGCCGACGGCUGUGCCUGCGACGAUGUGGAUGAAUGUCAUCUUGAUAAUGGCAACUGUGACCAUUUCUGUGUUAAUUCUCUGGGGUCGUACGAAUGUGCAUGUAAGGAGGGUUACAGGCUUGGUGUUAACAGAUGGUCCUGCAUUGGUGGAGAGGAGAUGGAUGUGGAGGAGGCCGCAGGGUUCGCUGGGGCUCCGGGGCUGCAGUUCAGAGGUCCCCCCCAGCUCCUUCGCUACGCGCUUGCUUCCCUCUAUGAGGAUGAAGACCUGCGAGGAGAGCUCACCCUGGUGCACAGGGUCGUUUGCCUUGAUAACACUUUUGGCAAUGACUGUAGCUUGAGCUGUGAGGAUUGUCUGAAUGGAGGCAGAUGUAACAGUGAACACAGUGGCUGUGUUUGCUCACCCGGGUGGACCGGCAUUAUCUGCAAUGAAACUUGCUCCCUGGGGACGUAUGGCAGAGGCUGUGCUAGCAUUUGCAAGUGCCAGAACGGAGGCUCCUGCGACCCUGUCACAGGGCAGUGCCGCUGCCCGCCCGGCGUGCACGGCAAGCUCUGUGAAGAUGGUUGCCCGAAAGGCCUCUUUGGGAAGAACUGUAACAAACCGUGCAACUGUGCCAACAACGGCUAUUGCCAUAGACUCUAUGGAGCCUGCCUGUGUGACCCAGGGCUCUACGGGCGCUUCUGCCAUCUUACCUGUCCCAGGUGGGCCUUUGGAACUGGCUGCUCAGAGGAGUGUCAGUGCGUGAAAGAGCACACGCUGGAAUGCAACACGAGGAACGGGACUUGCACCUGCAAGCCUGGUUAUCAUGGCAAAAAGUGUCAGAAAGAGUGCACGCCUGGCUUUUAUGGGGCUGGUUGCAAACUGAGGUGCAGCUGUCCUACUGAUGUUUUGUGUGAUCAUGAGACAGGAGUCUGCAAACAACCAUGUCCACCUGGGUUUCAUGGAGAAAAAUGCCAUUUAUCUUGUCAGCCUGGGAGCUUUGGGGUGAACUGCCAGCAGAGGUGCAGCUGUGGAGAAGCACCAUGCGAUCCGAAGACAGGGCAGUGUAUUUGCCCAGCUGGGAAGACUGGCACUACGUGUGAGCAAGAUUGCCCGGCCGGCCGGUGGGGACCAGACUGUCAGUCCUCCUGUGAGCCCUGCGCCAACGGGGGACAGUGCAACAGAGAAACUGGAGCCUGUGACUGUCCCCCUGGCUACACCGGGGCAUCCUGCUCUAUGUGAUGCCCUGAGGGAAGCUUUGGCCUGAGCUGUAAGUACAGCUGUCAGUGCCAGAACGGAGCUGCCUGCGACCACGUGAGCGGAGCCUGUACUUGCACGGCGGGCUGGACAGGAACAUUUUGUGGAAGAGCUUGUCCAGAUGGAUUCUUUGGGCUUGACUGCCACCAGGUGUGCAAGUGCAAGAAUGCUGCCGGCUGCGACCAUGUCCUGGGAACAUGCCGCUGCCUCCCCGGCUGGCUGGGAGAGACCUGCGAGCAGCCCUGCCAGCAGGACAGCUAUGGGCCAGGCUGCAGCCACGCUUGUCACUGUUACAACGGAGCGCUCUGUCAUCACAUAACCGGGACGUGCCUUUGUAGCCCGGGGUGGAAAGGAGCCACCUGCCAAGAAGCCUGUCCUCCUGGAUGGUAUGGUGCAAACUGUCUGCAGCGCUGCAUUUGCCACGGCCAGGCGAUGUGUGACCAUGUGACGGGCGAGUGCCGGUGUCCCCAGGGUUGGACAGGGAUAGCAUGUGAGCUGGAGUGUGGGGACGGGAGGUACGGAGAGGGCUGUGAGCAGAACUGUAGCUGCCACCAUGGGGUUUGUGACCAGCACUCAGGGAAAUGCAUCUGCCACGCUGGCUGGACUGGGGACCGCUGUGAUGUUGUCUGCGCCCUGGGAUUUUUUGGCAAGCGGUGUGAGGAGCAAUGUGACUGUGUACAUGGCUUGUCCUGCCACCAUCAAACUGGAGUGUGUCGCUGUGAAACGGGAUGGCGAGGGAGGCACUGUGACAAACCUUGUUUGUCCGGCCACUACGGUGCGGGCUGUGCCCAGCGGUGCCGGUGUCCUGCGGGUACCCCCUGCCAUCACCUGACAGGCAAGUGCAGCUGUCCUCCAGGAUUCACCGGCUACAGCUGUGAGAAAACUUGUCCACCGGGCACGUAUGGUAAGAACUGUAACCGAGUAUGUCAGUGCUCUGCUGAGAAUGAGGAAUGUCACCCGGUGACUGGCCACUGUGCGUGCCGCCCAGGCUACUAUGGGACCCACUGCAACCUCCGGUGUCCAAAAGGUUCUUAUGGUUCAAACUGCCAAAAACCCUGUAAAUGCAUGAAUGGAGGCCAUUGCGACCCUGCGUCGGGAACUUGUGAUUGCGCACCUGGUUUCAUUGGAGCCGACUGUAGUAAAACUUGCCCUGAAAACCGAUAUGGGAAGGACUGCACCCUGUUCUGUGCAUGUGGUAAAGGUCACUGUGACCCACAGACUGGCAAGUGUACCUGUCCUCCUGGCCAAAUGGGACCCAGCUGUCAGCAAGUGUGUCCCCAGGGACGAUAUGGCCCCAACUGCCACCUGACAUGUACCUGUCAGAAUGGUGGUAUCUGUGACCACGUGGAUGGCAACUGCACUUGCAGGCUCGGCUGGACAGGAAGAUGGUGUGAGAAAGAAUGUCUCCCAGGGAAGUACGGGUCUGGCUGCAGCUUGGACUGCUCGUGUCAGCACAACGGCACCUGCGACAGGUUCACGGGCUACUGCCAAUGCCCCGAGGGUUACUACGGCCACUCCUGUGAGCACAGGUGUCCCCUUGGAUUUUAUGGGCUAAGCUGUCUUCAUGCAUGUGCCUGUAAAAAUGGAGCGAGCUGCGAUGCAGUGACAGGGCAGUGCAUUUGUCCUUUCGGUUAUCAAGGUGUCUACUGUGAGAAAGGCUGCGACAGGGGCUGGUUUGGAGAGAGGUGCCGGCGCCGGUGCAACUGUGGAGGAGCUCCUUGUGAUCCAGAGACUGGGAAGUGCCUUUGCCCACCUGGGAAGACUGGAGACAAAUGUGACAUUGUAAUGAUUUCCAUUCUGGGAACUUCUUUAGGACAGCUGAGCUACAGUUUGGGCGGACCAUGCGGUAGACGAAACUUGAGGACUGCAAGGCUUUCCAAAAUGUCUUGUUUUAAUGUUAACAGAUGUAGGUGUCUAAGCAGCUUCCUGAUCCCAGAGAACAGGGAGACUACUAGGGAGUGUCACCCUCUUCCAAACACUUCUGUACCUCCAGAUUGCAGGUCAGACCAGUACGGCCCCGACUGCUCCCUGCAAUGCCAGUGUGCCAGCAAAUCCCAGUGCAAUCCAUACAACGGGAACUGUGUAUGCCCAGCCAUGUGGAUGGGGCCAACCUGCAAAGAAGGCGGCCCUCCAAAGCUUCCUUUUUAUGAAGAACAAACUCAAGAAAGAGGGAAUAUUUUUCCAAGAGCUCUACAACAGUAA